UUGUGCGUCUAUUGAACUUCUCUCUUACUGCGCAUAUUCCCAGAAACUCUGACCACAGCCACUAUAAAUAACUCUUACUUGCCACAAGAAAAGCGUCCAUUCAUUUCAAAUUUCUACAUUUUCCGAUGGAAUUCGAAACGCACGCGCCGUCCUGUUUUGAUCUGAGCUCCCAGUCUCCGAUUAACUCCUUUUUAGACACGAAUUUCGCUAAUGGCCGGGAAUGUCAGUGGCCUGUUUCCACUGGAGAUGUGAUUCCGGCGGAUACGCCAACAAAACAUCAUGCGAAAGCGGCAAUGACAGUUCAGAAGGUUUACCGGAGUUACCGUACCCGGCGUAUGUUAGCGGAUUCUGCUUUGGUUGCUGAAGAGCUCUGGUGGCAAGCCAUAGAUUAUGCUCGAUUGAAUCACAGUACGAUUUCUUUCUUCAAUGUUCCUCAACCGGAGACGGCGGUUUCACGGUGGAAUCGCAUCACUUUAAAUGCUUCCAAGGUUGGUAAGGGAUUGUCAAGAGAUGGAAAGGCCCAGAAACUAGCUUUUCAGCAUUGGAUUGAGGCAAUUGACCCACGCCACCGUUAUGGGCAUAACUUGCACAUGUACUAUAAAGAAUGGUGUAAAACUGAUGCUGGUCAGCCAUUUUUCUUUUGGUUGGAUCUUGGAGAUGGCAAAAAGGUUGAGCUCAAAGAAUGUCCGAGAUCUAAGCUUCAGACACAAAGUAUCAAGUAUCUUGGACCUCAAGAGAGAGAAGAUUAUGAAUAUGUAGUGGCCGAAGGGAAAAUACUUCAUAGCCUAACUAGAAAUCAUCUUGAUACAACCAAUGGGUUGCCCGGGGCAAAAUGGAUUUUUGUAAUGAGCACCUCAAAGAGACUCUAUGCUGGCGAGAAGAAGAAAGGAAUAUUUCAUCAUUCCAGCUUUCUUGCUGGUGGAGCUACUUUAGCUGCUGGAAGACUAGUGGUAAAAGAUGGGAUACUUAAGUCUAUUUCAGCAUAUAGUGGGCAUUAUCGGCCAACUGAUGAUAGCCUCGACAGCUUCUUAUCAUUUCUGAAGGAAAAUGGAGUCAACCUGGAAGAGACUGAGAUAAAAAAGCCAAGAGAUGAUGAUGAGAGCUAUGAAGAGGGAAAGUCAUCUGAGAGUCGCUCUGCGUCUGAUCUUUCAACUAUAUCAGAAUCCCUUCAAGUUGAUUUACUGAAGGAAGAGGAAAAAGACUUCUCAAAAUUAGUGAUAAGUCCACAAGCUGAAAAGGCAAGUAACUAUAAGAGAACACUCUCGGGUGGUCUUGAGAGCCCGAGAGCUGAGGUGCCAAAAACUGCAAUACUGCAAAGGAUUAAUUCAAAGAAGUUAUCAAAGUCAUAUCAACUGGGUCAUCAACUCUCCCUGGCAUGGUCAACUGGUGCAGGUCCAAGAAUUGGAUGCAUUAACGACUACCCGGUUGAACUAAGGGAGCAGGCCUUAGAACUGACACACCUCUCACCAAGACCUCGUUCUGCAUCAUCAACUCCUAGGCCGAUUGGUGCAAUGGUGAUGUAAUGCACUUCUGAAAAGCCUUAGUCAUUUUCGAUCUUUUCUGCAAACAAGCUGUAGUAUGUGCAAAGUAGUAGUUACUUCAUUUUGGUCUUCUGUUUUCCAACCUGUUGUUAGUUUACCUUUUUAUUAGCAAGAAUGUAAUAGGACCUCUUGUUCUCAUUGCUAGGAUUUAGUAGUAAGAAUGUAACAUGUGCAAGUUAAAA